AUGUAUCAGCAACUUGCAGAAGAAAUCAUCAUGCUGCUGAAAAUGUUAGCAGCUACAGAACCUAGUCUGUUAUCUAGAAGAGAUUUUGUCAGUGUUGGUAUCUCAAAAUCAUGUUCUGAUAUUUUGGAUUACAUUCUUGGCCAUUUGCCUGCAACACGACCUGGGGGAAAGAGGCCACGUUUGUCUCUCUACCUUUCAUCCAAGUUGAUGUAUGGUGUCACCUUUGUCUACAAGAAGCAAAAUGAUUAUCUGUUUGAUGAUGUCAAGAGAUUUCAGGAUAGACUGAGGUUGAUCAAAAUGAUCUUAGAAGGACCAGAUACAAACAUUUUACCUCCUAGGAGGGUUGCUGUUACAUUUAAUGACCCACUUGAAAUGUUUAUUGAUCCUGAAUUUGGAAGACUUUUGCCCCAGACAGUGUCUCCUCCUCGACCAACGUAUGAAUUUCUAGUGGUGAUGUCUCCCAGAAGCCCUGAGCCUCAAGUGUCAGAAAUCUCUCCAAUCAGUAGAAAGAGAACUGCAGAAGAAGAAAUAGAAGAGCACAGUAAGUCAGUGCUAUAA